AUGGACGCCAUGGAUGUGGAUUCAGAUGACUAUGAAUACGAGUAUGACGAGACGGAAACAGAGAGCUUUUAUAUCAACCUAGACUUGACCUCUGCGAACGGCCCAAUCCGACCGCCGCGCCAACGAAACGGGGAUACGAUACAGGAGGAACAGACAAUAGAAGACCCCUCACAAGAUGGACCGGAUGAGAACCCAGACGGGGAGAACUUUGCACCCCUUGAAAGUACCGAGACAGACGCGCCCAGUGAACGAAUCCAAGUCCUGGGCCUUCACACGUGUAACCCCAUCGUCUCCUACUACAACCAUAUCUUCAGUUGUUCCUGGGCCGAUCAAAUCGGGACCGAGCUGGUCUUCACGCACCCUGAUACAAUCCCGGACCCUGACCACACCGUUCUCACCCCGCUGCGCGAGGGUCCUGCCUUUGAACUCCUCGCCGCCAAUAGCGUGAAGAUCAUGGGCCGCAAAGCUACCAUCGUCUCUAGCUCCAAUCCCGGAUUGGUCAGUGACAAUGCAAAUGACCUCAACUCUAUUUCAACCGACACAACCCCAGUACCCUCUCAGGGUCCGACUUCUGGGCGCGUGGCUGGUCGCCCAGAACCCGCAACGCACCAGGCAAACUUCAUCAACCGUUUACAGUCUCUGAAAAAUGCAAAGGGUCAGUCGGACACUGUGCGCAGGUCCGUGAACACUCGGCGCGGUGUCAAUUACACGGAUCGUCUCGCUGCGUGGGCUCGUACGGAAGCCCAAAUGGCCCAUGUCUCGGAGUUAAGUAGACGUGCUGCGAGUGGGGAUGAAGCCGCGCUGGCUUUGCUGGAGAAGAUGAUCCGUGAUUACGAUAAGUCCGAGGGUACCCAAUCUGCCUCGUGA